AUCUGUCCAAUGACGCUGCUUGUCAGUUCAUAUGACUGAGGAGUAUCCAUAUAGGAGAUAGUUUGUAGAUCAGUGAUUGUGAGCAAAGGCCCAUGCAUACACUUCAUGCGUUUGGACAUGAGCAGUGUUGAACAGUGGUGGUUGAGCAGUUGGGCGGUGCACAGAAAAAAUGACCUCCUUUGAUUUCGGCGAAGGCAUGGGAUAUUUGUGGUUACGUCCAGUGUAGGCAAAGUGUAUAUUUAUUUGCAUAUGCUGUGUUAUUUGUGUAUAGUUAAUCGGUUUCCACAUUUGGGGUAGUAGUAGUAGCUUACAUAAUGGAUCGCGUAAAGAGUUCCAUGCAGCAAGUACCGAACCCAAUUCCUAAAGUGCUCAGUCGUCGGACCGGUGGUGCGAAUAGUUUGGAAGUUGAGAAGGAAAACUUUGAGCGCAGUCAGGCAGUAAGCAUCAACAAGGCCAUCAACACACAAGAGGUCGCCGUCAAAGAGAAACAUGCCAGGACAUGCAUCUUGGGGACCCACCAUGAGAAGGGCGCUCACACCUUCUGGGCUGCCGUCAACCGGCUGCCCCUGUCCAGCAACGCCGUGCUCUGCUGGAAAUUCUGCCACGUCUUCCACAAGCUGCUGAGGGACGGCCACCCCAACGUCAUAAAGGACAGCAUGAGGAACAAGGCGGACCUUACUGACAUGAGCAGAAUGUGGGGGCAUUUGAGUGAAGGUUAUGGAAAGCUGUGCAGCAUCUACCUCAAACUGCUCAUCACCAAAAUGGAGUUCCACAUCAAAAACCCCCGUUUCCCUGGCAACCUUCAGAUGUCAAACAGACAGCUCGACGAGGUGGGAGAAAACGACGUCAACAAUUUUUUCCAGAUGACUGUUGAGAUGUUUGACUAUCUGGAGUGUGAGCUGAACCUCUUCCUGGCAGUCUUCAGCUCACUGGACAUGUCCCGCUCCGUCUCGGUGACUGCGGCAGGUCAGUGUCGACUUGCUCCGUUGAUCCAGGUGAUCCUGGACUCCAGCCACCUCUACGACUACACCGUCAAGCUCCUCUUCAAGCUCCACUCCUGCUUGCCAGCAGAGACACUGCAGGGGCACAGGGACCGCUUCCAGGAGCAGUUUAAGAAGUUGAAGAGUCUGUUUUACCGCUCCAGUAACCUGCAGUACUUUAAGAGACUCAUCCAGAUCCCACAGCUUCCAGAGAAUCCUCCUAACUUCCUGCGGGCAUCGGCCCUGUCAGAGCACAUCAGCCCAGUGGUGGUGAUCCCGGUGGAGUCGUCUUCCCCUGAGAGUGAGCAUGUGGUGGAGACUGAAGACCUGGUGGACAUGGACAUCCCUGCACAGCCGGCUGCAGUGGAGACCAGAUUUGAUGAUCUCUUCGGAGCGGCCACAGACCCCUUUAACUUCAACAGUCAGAACGGCAUGCGUAAAGACGAUAAAGACCGUCUGAUUGAGCAGCUGACAGCAGAGAUCCAGGCCCUGAAGGAGGAGCUGGAGACCUUCAGGCUGGAGAGCGGGCGCCUGUGCCAGGCGCUGCGCGGGCGCGUGAGCGAGCUGGAGGCCGAGCUGGCGGAGCAGAGCCACCUGAAGCAGCAGGCGCUGGGUGAGAGUGAGUUCCUGCGGGCCGAGCUGGACGACCUGCGCCGCGUCAAGGAGGACACAGAGAAGGAGCAGCGCAGCCUGACGGAGAUCGAAAAGAAGGCCCAGGCCAAUGAGCAGCGCUACACCAAGCUGAAGGAGAAGUACACAGAGCUGGUGCAGAGCCACGCUGACCUGCUCAGAAAGAACGCAGAAGUGACCCGUCAGAUGACUGUGGCGCGAGCGGCUCAGGACGAGGUUGACAGCGUGAGGAGGGAAAUGCAAGAGAAGGUGAAGGCUGCCCAAGACGCUUCGGAACAGCAGGAGAAGGCUCAGCUGGAGCAGCUCCAGGCCCUACAGGCAGAGCUGCACUCCAGCAGGACAGAACUGGAGAUCCUCAAGGGGAGCAUGCUCUCCUCCCAGCAGUCGAGUGAAGAGCUCAGCACUCAGCUCUCGGCACUGGAGUCGGAGAAGGCGGAGCUGGUGGAGUCAGUGUCCAAGAAGGAGGCGGAGCUUGCCAGCAUUGGGGAGCAGUUGGAGCGUGUGCAGAACAGCCUGGCCAGCGAGAGGGAGAGCGGGGUCAAGGCUGCUGAGACUCUGCAGAACCAGCUCAAUGAGAAGGAGAGCCGUGAGCAGGCACUGGAGGCCCAGCUGGAGGCGCUGCGCUGGGGAGCCCUGCAGGGGGCGCUAGAGGAGGCCCGCCGGAUCAUCCAGGACUGCCUCAGCACACUGGACGACCCCGCACACAUCAGCUGCACCAGCUCUGCAGACUACCUUCUCUCCAGGUGUCAGGCUGCAGUGGAGUGUGUGGAGCGGUUACAGGCUGCGAGGGACGGUUUCCAGGCCAACAGCACAGGAGUGUCGGAGCUGGUGCAGGCCGUCACCCAGUUUGCCCACCUCGUCGGGGACACCAUCAUCCAGGGCAGUGCCACCUCCCACAUGGUGCCAGUAGACCAAGCAGAUGUGUUGUCCAGCAGUGUGAAGUCGUGCGGCGCGGAGGCACUGGCCUUGCUGACUCAGCUGCAGGACCGUGAGUCUCUGGCCACUGCAGACAGCAGCAAGCUCAAGGAGGUGCUGGAGGGAAUCAAGGCCUCGGCCGAGAAGCUACGACCGCGCGGUCUCGAGCUGCAGCAGGGGGAACUGGGAGAUCUGGUGGAAUCGGAAAUGUCCGCCGCAUCACAAGCCGUAGAGUCAGCUGCAGCCAGGAUAGAGGAAAUGCUUAACAAGUCCCGAGCUGUUGAUACUGGAAUCAAGAUGGAGGUCAAUGAAAGGAUUCUGGCCUCCUGCACAGACCUCAUGGAGGCCAUUAAAGUGCUGGUGCUCUCCUCCAAAGACCUUCAGAGGGACAUCGUGGAUGGCGGCCGGGGAGCGGCGUCCAUGAAGGAGUUCUACGCCAAGAACUCCCGCUGGACCGAGGGCCUGAUCUCUGCUUCCAAGGCAGUGGGCUGGGGGGCCACUGUGCUGGUGGAUGCAGCAGACAUGGUUGUUCAGGGCAAAGGCAAGUUUGAGGAGCUGAUGGUGUGUUCACACGAGAUCGCAGCCAGCACGGCCCAGCUUGUGGCGGCAUCCAAGGUUAAGGCAGACAAGGGCAGUUCUAACCUGGCUCGGCUACAGCAAGCUUCCAGAGGAGUCACCCAAGCCACUGCUGGUGUCGUAGCAUCAACCAAGUCUGGCAAAUCACAGAUUGAAGAGACUGAAACUAUGGACUUCUCCAGUAUGACACUAACACAGAUCAAGAGGCAGGAGAUGGACUCGCAGGUCCUGGUCCUGGAGCUGGAGACACGUCUGCAGAGGGAGAGGGAGAGACUGGGGGAGCUGAGGAAGAAACACUACGAACUGGCCGGAGUAGCCGAGGGCUGGGGAGAGGAGGAGGAGGGUACAGGUUGAACCAUGCCACACAACAGCAGCUAUUUCAAGGCUGGGCCUCUCCGCUCCUCUCCUCUCUUUUCUCUCUCUCUCUCUCUCUCUCUCUCUCCUCUCCUUCUCUUCUUUUCUCAGUCCCUCUCCCCUGCUAUUCACACAAGUAACUCCGAAGUCUUCUCAUGUUUAUUUUCAUUCUGUAAUUGCAAAGCGAAGCCAAAUAAAAGGGUGCUUUUUUUUUUUU